AGUGUGGGAAAUCUUACGAAGAAACCUUGUUUACCUUGAAAUGUAUUGACAAACACCUAAUAAUCAUGAUUACUAAUCAUCGUGUGAAACCUUGUAUUUUAUAUGCAUUAACCAAUACUUACACCACAUUUGAUCAUUUUAUUAUUCACAUAUUAUUCACACAUUUAUACUAACACUAUAUUUGAUCAUUUUAUCACUCACAGUAUAUUUUUUACACAUUUAUAUAGAGAACUAACCUCUAACCACACAUAUAGUAAAACAUUGUUUCUAACCAGCAUGUGACAUUGAGUCUGACAGACAGGAUACAUAACAUAAGGGAGUUUGCUAACGUAUGGGAACCUAUUAUAUGGCUGACAAUCACGAGCCACUGACACCUCACUGAAACCCAUUGUGUGAUUGCAUGUUUUUCUCACUAACAGCUACAAAAUCAGCAGAUAGUGCAUUUUGCAUGACCUCGCUUAAUACAGAGACUUUUGGACGAACAAUACGGCCUUUCUCCCCGUGCGCGUGAAGACCUCCACCUGUCAAGUGAGGGAGGACAUGCGCACGGGGAAGUGCAACACUGUCUAAUUACUGAACAAAGCCGUGCUGUUUCUCCAAGGCCAAAAACACCAGCAAAUCUUGAGCCAUCAGCGAAAUCUUCAGCGCUAACACAUAACACCAUGCAUGCUGACAUAAGAUGAUUUUUAGCAACGCCCUAUCACCAGGUCUUCACGUCAUUUUGGGUUUAAAACAUGGAGUCAGAUCAUUAGAGGUUCAGAACAUUUGUUGAAACUGGUCAUUGACCGAUCGUUUCUGUGUUCUCCUGGUUCCAGCUUUUCUGUAAUAAAUACUUGUUUUGCUUUCAACUUCACUCCAUCUGUCUGAGACUCCUCUAUUCAGCGAACACGUAAGGGAGUUGUAGCCCGGACGAGAGGUGGGGGUAGCCCACCUCACAUUUUCAUUUCUACAACAGUUUGGUGACCCCGACUUCUGACGACGAGUCUGACAGCAGGGCAGCACCGGACGCUGAUCCACCCACGGCCGAACUUCUAAUACAGCUCGCGCUGUGAGAAGGGGACAGGACGGUUCGAAAAGCCUCGUGCGUGGAAACCUUGCGGUGUUAACGAAACGCACUUGAGAGUGAAGUAGAACGAAUAUCGUUUCAGGUGAGAUCCAGUCUUGAUCAGCACCUUACACACAACAUGGCUAGUACUAGAAAUUUAGUUAAGGAACUUGAUGCAAUUUUUGGCAUGGGCACCUGGGAAUGGAAAACGAUUGAAAAACAAAUUGAACUUAUUGCUAAUGGAGUGAGAGAGGGGGUCUUAGACUUAGACCAGCGAGACGUAGUGCAGAAAAGUGUAAUCAAGAGAUUUGACACAUGGGCCAAAAAACACACAGGGGAAAAAAUUUGUAUGAUAAACAUCAUUAAUCAGAUGAAGAGGGAAUUACAAGACAGAGCCGAACUCGCUAAAACAGAGUUAAAUACAGCUAACUUGCUGAAAAAGUCCAAGGCUAAACACAGCUUUAAAUUGGCACAGGAGAAUUUAGCUGAAUUGAGAGCAAUUACAACCGCAUUUCUGGCAAUGUUGCCCGAUUUGGUCCAAGCAAGAGAUCCGCACAGGCUGACACCCACCUCACACACUGAGAAACAGACGGAAGUGGACACUGCGUAUACAAAACACAAGGGGGAGGGGCCAUACGCCCCGCCUCCACCAUACAAUCCGAGACACGUCCCACCUGCAGACAUCCUACUGCCAGUGUUCAGUGUAGAUUCUGGGGUAGUGAGUGUGGAGAAGCAGGGAGGGAGGGGCACAGCACCACAGCACACUCGCCCAGCUGAAGAACAAACACACACACACAUAGAGGAUCCGUUUCAUAUGCGCAAACACCACGAGACACUUAAUGCAAGUCAAUCAGACUUACACUCUUCUCUAGGUUCACUGGCCAUCGGACAUAACGCAAAACAUGAUACGCAGCGCAUACACCGCAAACAAACACUAGUGAAACCAUCGUCUGACAAAACACGCCACCUCUCAAAACCCACAGUACUUAUUAGAGCUACUCUUGAAGGACAUGUGACGACUGAUGACGAAUCUGACCAUGACAGUGACAUGACUGAGGAUGACGACAGUGUACAUGACAGUUCACUAACACAAGCAGGGGCUCGUGCAGAAGCUAGCUUGAACAAAACUAUUCAUAAUAUGGAGCAGAUAAUCAUAGCUGAACAGACUGACUUGGAGUUAGCCCACAGGGCUUUGGACACACAAACACUGCCCACUAACAAAGCACACUCUCUAAGGAGAAGCACCAGAACACGAAACCCACCUGAGAGAUACACACUUGCACCUGAGCCGGACACAAUGUGUCCACUGGUGGCCACUACCACAGGUGUACAUAAAUAUGUACCAUUAUCACUUACUGAUGCACAGACUUUAGUUGAUCAACUCCCACCUCUGUCUAGUGGUGCAGCAGCUUGGUUAAGAAAGAUGGAUAGUUUAACAGGGGGCAUCACUCUGGCACUUGGGGACUUCCGUAACAUUCUGAAAAGAUCAACCACUUCUAUAGAAGCUGCUGAAGUAGAAAGACAAGCCCAAACUUAUGUUCAGCCAAAUAAUGACCCUUUCCAUGCUCACUCGCAACGCCUGACCGACGUUAUGAGAGAGAUGUGGCCCACUAGAGCAGCAUCUACAAUCCCAUCAUACACCUGGGAUGAAAAACUCAACCCGGGGGAGUAUAUGGGUAAAGCAGUUGAGGAUUGGACCAACACCACUGGGGUGCAUCCUGCGAGGGGGCAACAGGUGGUUUGGUUCAGAAAUGCCAUUUUGAAAGGCUUGCCUAACCUAAUAAAGGAUAAAAUUGAGGAGGACCCGGAUAUGGGUUCUGACAAACCACAUGACCAAUGGGUCCGAACCGUUCUGUUCCACAUGAACAAACACAAAGUUAAAAUGGAUGCUACAGACAAAGAAACAAUUAAAAUGGAAAGGGAACUACUAAAGACUCAGCUGGCAGAGGCCAGAAAAACAAUAAAUAAUAACAAGGUGAAACAAACACCUGACACCAUGAUGCCGGUGACUGCACCACAGCAGCCACAGACGUUCAUGAACACGCAAACAUACAUACCUGCUCAGUCAGGGCCCACACAUACCCCACCGUACACAUAUGGACCAGCUCCAUAUUUCCAACAGCAUCCCUACACAGGGGGCAGGGGCCGGGGUGGUGAAGGGUGGCGGAGACGGGAUAGGCGCAGACUAGGGGCUUGCCUACGAUGCGGGGCCAUGGGCCACUGGGCAGCACAGUGCACGGCACCACCUGCACCUGAGCAAGCAAUCCCACACCCACACCAGGCCCCUAACUCUCAACAAGCACCACGCCAACAUCCGGCUGGACAAUACAGCGUGGAGCCAUGGGGUGGACGCUGACGGGGCCCAGAGGAGCUACAGGACAGCAGGGCAAAGGCAGAACCCAUGCUGUCAUUGACUGUGGGGGCCACCAAUAUCCCUUUUCUGGUAGACACGGGAGCCACUUGGUCAGCCAUCACCACAGCAUUACCAGCACAUCUAAUUAGCAAACAAACUGUGCAGGUUAGGGGCUUCUCGGGGACACCAGCGUCACUGCCAAAAACAAACCAACUAACAGUAAGCAACGGUAUACAGACGGUAUCACAUGCUUUUCUGAUUGCACCACAAGCACCUUUGAACAUUUGUGGUAGAGACUUACUAAUGAAAAUGGGAGUUACCAUUCUAUGCCAGCCCGACGGUAUCACACUUACUUGGCUGGAUGGCAAAGAGACAGUGGGGGUGAUGGGGUACACUGAUGGAAUGUACUUGCUAAGACCAGAACGGGACGAAACAGUGGACAUUUACUGGGGACUAUUAUCUGAACUUGCAGACACAACACCACCACUGAUACACAUGUUCCGACAGUGGUUGCCUUGGAUCAAUGCUAUGGCACCCUAUACACCGCCACCUGACCCAUUCCACGUCACCUUGUUCUAUGAUGUGGGGGGAGAUUUGACUUACCAAGACGCAUUUCAAUCAGAAUUGGAGGGUACUGAGUGGUCGGUUGAGACCAACGGGAUUUUUGUGGGUCCUGAAGGGGUAGCAUCACCAGUUACACUGACGCCAUCUCAAUACACUUGGUAUAAAAUGUCAAAUACAGCAUCACCACACAUUUCACUAGCUCUACAUCCCAAGCAUGAAGCCAAGCAGCUGGGUCCCAUGGUUAAAAGAGCUAAUGAGGCCACAGAUUGGGCCCCGACACAGCUGCCCGGUCUCAUGUUCUCACAAUCAACACAGACAUACCACAUCACUGGCAAUUCGACUGCACCAGUCACAUUACAACACCAAUUGCUAGCAAGACACCAUGGUUGUGAGGAUUCAGAUCACCCACUCACUGAGGCAUUGCUACAAUCUCUGCCUGACAAAUUGUGGUCCACAGGUCCAGACGACGUAGGAUACACAGAUCAGACACCAGUCUCAUUCAGUAUGACAUCUACGGAACCAAUUUGGAUUCCCCAAUACAAACAAAAACCAGAUGCUGCAGCAUCUUUAGACCAUACGGUGCAAGCUCUGGU